GAGGGGGGUCAUUACAACAAAUGUGUCCCUGACUGAAGUAGUCCAAUUUCCGCCCCACAGCCGUCCGCAACAUCUACCAAAGGACGCAUUUAAUGGGACUCAAAUCUUCAUUUUCAACUCUUACGUGACUGUCACGUUCCAGCUGGACUCCGCAAGCCGCCCAUGGUAAUUGUAUUACAUGACUGAGGAUUUUGUACAAACGGCAAGCUAGUGCGCUUGAGUAGUGUCCCACCAAAGAUAACUAACGACAGAAAGAUGGAUGUGCACUUUCCCAUUAGUAGUAUCUUGUCCAUUGUCCUUCAAGCGCUCUUGUUGUCGUCUUCAUAUGGUUCGUUGGAGCCCUACGACCUUUUAUACAAUAAUGCCGUCGACGCCUUUUACAGAAGUGACUAUAAAGAUGUAGUGCGAUACAUGGAGGGAGCGCUCAGCAGCUACGCAGAGGUCCGCCAGACUAAAGUCCGAUGUCGACUGAGGUGCCAGGACCAGCACCCGUUUGACUCUGUUUCCAUUGACCUGCAGUUCUUUGACGUGGUUCUCCGAAUAUCAAAUUGUCAAAACGAGUGCAUCGAAGAGAAGGUUGGAACGCAGUCCAUGCACAAAGUCAGCGAGGAUGUCAACCAGGAUUUCCAGAGACGAAUCCCGUACAACUAUCUUCAGUUGGCGUAUCAGAAGCUGAAGCAGUUGGACAAGGCAGCGGCGGCGGCCCACACCUAUUUCCAGGCCAACCCAGAGCAUGUGGAAAUGGAUCAGAACUUAGAGCAGUACAAGGCUCUGGAGGGAUCCGACCAGGACCACUUUGUGGACAGAGAGGCCCGGCCUCAUCAGAGGUCCUUCUCAGCCGGGGUGAAGCUGUAUGACAGUGCAGACUACAAGGGGGCCAUCGCCCUGUUCGAGGAGGCCCUCCAGGAGUACUACAGGGCCGACGUGGAGUGUCGGGCCCUCUGCCAGGGGCCCCAGAAGUUCGAGGAGCAGGACCAUGUCCUCUACCGCUACAGCCUAUACGAACUGGUCUCAGACCACUUCACCCAGGCGCUGCACUGUGAACACGAGUGUGUGAGGGACCUGUCGACCCGGCCCGGCCGUCUGUCUCCCAUGGAGAACUACCUGCCUCUACACUACGACUACCUGCAGUUUGCCUACUUCCAGAUGAACAUGGUGGAGGAGGCGAUGGAGUGUGCCAAGUCCUACCUGCUGUUCCACGAGGGGGAGGAGUUUAUGACGGAGAACGUGGAGUACUACAGAGAGGCCGUGGGCCACGACGUCAAGCCCCGGGAGAAGGCCGAGUGGUACCUGAGACGCCAUAAGCAGGAGCUGGAGCUACUAGUGAUUGGCAGUGAGAACAUGCACGUGGAAUUUACAGAGGGGCAUUACUGGACCAGCACAGGUGGAAGAGAGGAUUCGAACAGGAUCCCCUCUGGUACCGAUGGAUGGAUGGAGUAUGUACCCAUCUCAGAGAAGAAGAACUUCACUCUGGCCCCACCACAGGAGCUCAGAGAAGGAGGGCCCUUGGUGUAUGACAGUGUGCAGCUGGUCCAGAACUCAAAGGCCCUGAACGGAACUCAGAGGGUUCUUCUGGAUGAUGUCAUAUCUGUGGACGAGUGUGCCGAGCUCACAAACCUGGCCCAUACUGUCACUAUGGCAGGAGACGGAUACCGAGGGAAGAUGUCUCCUCACACGCCCAACGAGAGGUUUGAGGGAGCCACUGUGCUGAAAACACUGCAGUACGGCUAUGAGGGCCGUGUCCCAUUGAGGAGCGCUCGUCUGUUCUAUGAUGCCAGUGAGAGGGCCAGACGCAUCAUCGAGUCCUACUUCCUGCUCAACUCGACGCUCCACUUCUCCUACACACACCUGGUGUGCCGGACCGCAAUCACAGGGCAACAGGACCAUAGAAAUGACCUGAGCCAUCCCAUCCACGCUGACAACUGUCUGUUAGACCCAGAGGCCAACGAGUGCUGGAAAGAACCACCAGCCUACACCUACAGAGACUACAGUGCUCUGCUGUACCUGAAUGGAGACUUUGAGGGAGGAGAGUUCAUCUUCACAGAAAUGGACGCCAAAACAGUCACAGCACAGGUGAAGCCAAAGUGUGGUCGUAUGGUGGGGUUCUCGUCUGGCGGGGAGAACCCCCAUGGAGUGAGGGCCGUCACCAGGGGGCAGAGGUGUGCCGUGGCCCUGUGGUUCACCCUGGACCCCCUCUUCAGAGAACUGGAGCGCCUGCAGGCAGAUGAGGUGAUGCAGGCGUUGGACAACCAGAGCAGCCAAUCACAGUGGGACACAAGCCUCAACAUCAACCCCAAAGACGAGCUGUAGUAGUCCGCCGGCCCCCAGCCCAGCACCCCUCAAAUCUUUAUAUCUAUCUAUUUAUUUAAUGAAGUUUGGAUCAGAACAAUUUUAUUUUUGUACUGUUUGAAGUGCAAGGUUAUAUAGUUGUUUGUGUUGCCGUCGUGGCUUUUAGUCUGUUGUGGUGAUUAUUUUCUCCUUCUGUUACAUACCAGUACUUGAGUUCGCGUUUGGGUCUUUGUUUUUCUUUCCAUUGACUCUCUCUCUCUCUCUCUGUUUGGGGUGAAACCCAGUCAUUGUGCCUCACACUUUAUAAGGUCCAGUUGACUUUGUGAUGACUUUAUAAGGUCCAGUUGACUUUGUGAUGACUUUAUAAGGUCCAGUUGACUUUGUGAUGACUUCAUAAGGUCCAGUUGACUUUGUGAUGACUUUAUAAGGUCCAGUUGACUUUGUGAUGACUUUAUAAGGUCCAGUUGACUUUGUGAUGACUUUAUGAGGUCCAGGUCACUUUGCGACGACUUAAAAUGCUCAGUUCCCUUUGUGAUGACUUUGUGUAGUGUGCGGGUGUGCGCGCGCACAAGGUUGUUACAACACAGACCUGUCAUACGUAUGAACAGUUCUUACUGCACUGUGAUCAAGCGAAAGAGAAGAACAGCAGUCAACAUUGCCGUUCUCUUGUUAUAGAAAAGACAACGGGCUGUUUAUAACGUUUCAAACAUGAACUCAUAAAACAAAUCGGUCGUGGGAUUAUCUCCUCCGGGCGGUGUAAACACAGUUGAUAUGUUUCAUCUACUUAUUCACUGAAACAUUGGCUGGAGUAUAUGCAUUCACUGAGAGAAAGAGGUCAGGCAUUUCUUUACAAACAGGGAGCUGUAAAUCCCUUUCGGUGACUGACAACGAUGACUGAACUGAUCUGUCACUAUUUUCCCAUGCACUUUCUUCUCGUUUGUGGUGUGGUGAAGAGACACCGUCUUCGUGACUCACAUCCCUCCCUAGCUCUGGUCCAUGGCGUUAGCAAGCCUUACUAACGCCUUGGACCAGAGCUAAUCCCUCCCGUCAAUUGCGAUCAAAACGCCAAGCAAGAUAACUGUUUACAAGUUAGCUGACACACGGGCAUGGAGUGUGUUUUGUUGUUGUUGUUGUGUGUUUUACAUGUCUGUUUUUAAGAUAGACAGCUGCUAUUGCAAUUGUCGGCAUUUGAUAUUAGAAGCUUUUUAAUAAAAGAUGUCGUUUAUUCCUGUUUAAAGGAAUUCCUAUUUUAAGGUGGCUUAUAGGUGUCCUUUCCUUUCGAAACUUCCUCAUUUCCUGGGUCAAAAUAGACAGACAGGCGCACACACACUGUUAAAAUCCAAUGGAAAGAACGUGCCUUGUGUACUGAUAUUUCAAUGAUUACAACUGCUAACUAUACGUAACUUAUGCAUUUUAAGUUAGAUUAGGGGUUUUAUCUUAUCUUUUGAUAGGGAGGAUGGCCACUCACUAAUAUUUAAAUAUAAAUUGCUGUAGCACAAACAAAUUGUUGUAUCCAUCUCUUUUGUUGUUAAUGUGUACUUAUAAAUUAAAAAGACAAUAUUUCAUAAAAUAACUUCAACCGUGUCCUUUAUUAUUUGGGAACGUGUAAAUUGUUUACAAUAUGUGAACACAUUGUCUAUAGGUUCAGUUGUAAACCAACAGCAUUUCAUGAA